AUGGAAUAUGCCAUGAAGUCCCUCAGCCUUCUCUACCCCAAGUCCUUCUCCAGGCAUGUGGCAGUGAGCACCUGCACCUCAAUGGUGACCCAGCAGCUACUGACCGAGUCCAGCUUGGAGGCCCCCAAGGCCCGGCCCUGCAGAGUAAGCACUGCUGACCGGAGUGUGCGGAAGGGCAUCAUGGCGCACAGUCUCAAGGACCUCCUCCACAAGGUGAGGGACAGGACUACCCUCAGCACAGAGGUCCGGGACACCCUGAUGCUGGCAAACAAGCCCUUCUUCCUGGUGCUGGAGGAAGAUGGUACAAUUGUUGAGACAGAAGAGUAUUUCCAAGCCCUGGGGGAUGACACAGUGUUCAUGGUCCUCCAGAAGGGGCAGAAAUGGCAGCCCCCAUCAGAGAAGAAUACUAGGUACCAACUCUCCCUCUCCCGUAAGCCCGGCAAGAAGAUUGAUGUGGCCCGUGUAACCUUUGACCUAUACAAGAUGAACCCACAGGACUUCAUUGGUUGCCUGAAUGUGAAGGCCACUCUGUAUGGCACCUACUCCCUUUCCUAUGACCUGCACUGCUACCGGGCCAAACGCGUCAUGAAGGAAGCUCUUCGUUGGGCCCUCUUCAGCAUGCAGGCCACAGGCCAUGUGCUGCUUGGCACAUCGUGUUAUAUGCAGCAGUUCCUGGAUGCCACAGAGGGAGGGCAGCCCCCUGAGGGCAAGGCCCCAUCGCUCAUCCCAUCCUGUCUGAAGAUGCUGCAGUGAAGGCCCAAGUCCUUGGAGGCAUUCCCCAGAGAAGGACUAGAUGGGGGGCCCCCAUGCUCAGCUAGUAGCACCUACAAACCCAGUUAGGCAGCUUCUUAUCUUGCCACACCUUCCUCACCUCCCAGGACCUCGAAUGAAGAAGGCUUCCCAAGGGAAAAGGUCAGAAAUCUGGGAUAGGCCGGGAAAGGAGAACUGAGUGUUCUUAGCCUG